UUAAUUACUACACGACCGUGGAAUCGAAGGUAUAUUGAUUUAGGAGUUUUUACCGGCUUGUAUCACACGGACGCUUACACCGAUUUAAUUCCCAAACAUUAUCGUGUACACACAACUUGAAAACUCAGACUGACAUGUAUUACUAUCAACGUUGAUUUGACAGCCUGGUGAUACGACUGGUUGUACCGUUUCUGCUUCUGCUAACAUGUUUUCAAGGUGAAGUGGGCACGCACGCAGGAAAUUAAGCAGCACGUUUGCUUUGAAAUUGUUAAUCACUUUGAAAUUGCAGAUGCACCCAUCAAUGGACACGUAAACAAGUACAGCAGCCGGGACGACGUCUAACGGCGCCUUUUUUAUGGUCAUAGUUAGAGUGGUUAAAGGUACAAACUGUGACAUACUUCAAGUUGGGGAAAAAGUAUCAAAAUGAGUGCGGCGAAAUACUCCCCGCCUCUUGACUAUGAAACUUCUUCUGAAGCUAGCAGCUUCUUCGAGGCUGGCUCGUUCAAUGAUUCUGAUAACGAGACAGGGUAUGCGCCAAUGAACUGUCACUUACCAGAAGCGCCAAUCGCAGUGAAGGGAGUCAUUGGCCUCCUCACCAUCAUCAUCAUUAUCCUUGGAAUCUUCGGCAAUGUCCUCGUUUGUCUGGUGGUCAUUCGGCGUCCUAAGAUGCGAACCGUCAUCAAUAUUUUUAUUUGCAAUCUCGCCAUUUCGGACCUGAUAUAUGCUGUCUUAGGAUUCCCUAUGAACAUCACGGCGUAUUUGAGCUUCGUGUGGGUACUGCCUAGCUUCCUGUGCAAGGUUUCAGCUUAUGUUCCCGCCGUGAUGAGUUUUGUGUCGACGCUCACGUUAUCCGCCAUCGCAGUUGAUCGCUUCUGUCUCGUGGUCUAUCCACUCCUCAAGCCCAUCAACAAGACAAGAUGUUACAUAGCGCUGGCUAUCAUUUGGUUGAUGAGUACAAGCCUUACCUUACCUAUUCCAAUCUUUACCGAUAUUGAAGAUUAUAGUUUCUAUUUUGGGCAAAAAGUUGUAAUAUGCCAAGAAACUUGGCCCAAAGGUCACGAUCGAAAGCGCUACAGCAUUGCCAUGUUUCUUAUCCAGUUCUUUUAUCCCUUGUUACUAGUAUCAAUCGCCCACACGUGUAUAUCUGUAAAGUUGAGUCGAAACGUGCGACCGGGAAUGCGUGGCCGGGAUAGUGAAGUUCGGGAGAAUCAUCGCCGGCAACGAAUGAAUCGCAUGUUAUCAGCAGUAGUCAUUGUAUUUGUAAUGUGCUGGUCACCAUUCAAUAUCUUUCUUCUCCUACAUGAAUUUGGAGUAGCUGUUCCAUGCAUAUGGAUGAUGAUCUCCCAAUUAAUCGCAGGGAGCAGCAUCAUCGUGAAUCCCAUUCUUUACGCCUGGUUGAAUGAUAAUUUCCGGAAGGAAUUCCAUCGCUUGUUGCCUUUCCUCACGUGUUUAGAGGACGCUAUGUCAGUGGUAUCUAACAAGAGCACGACAGGGGCGGUGUCAGGAUCAAACAUCAAUGGAAACAUCAAACGUAAGGAGAGGCCCACAGGAGCUACGUACCUUCAGCCCACCGCGGCAGAGAGUACCGUAUCAGGAGCUACUCCAAUACUCAACACUCGUAAACUUGCUGUAGAGGAUACGACGAUGUAACCCGUCACAUUGCUUAUUUCUGCUAGGAAAGGACUAGCCCUUGGAACAUGAAUAAGACUGAACGAUUUCAGUGGACGAAUCUAUAAGAAAAAAAAAUGUCGAACGUUUCAUUGAAACAGUGUUAAUCUUUGUCACAGAAGUGACGAUGUCUCCUAAACUAUUUUCUUCCUCAUGCAGUACACGUAAUCAGAAGUGCAAAUGUGAAUGCAGAUGUGUCCUUCUCACCUCCUUGGUGUCGCAGAAUAGGACCUGAGAAACGGAUAA